GGGCCGCCACAGGGAGGCCGCGCCCAGCCGGGUGCCCACGGCCAGCGCCAGCCCGCGGAGCGCGGACCCCGAGGCGGCGCCAAGCUCCCGGGACGCGCCCAGGCGCAGGCAGCGCGCACGCAGGACGAAGGCUCAGAGCUGUUGGAACCACUGGAGGGAAGGAAAUCCAUCCUGCCCGAUUCUGGGGAAGGGGCCUCUUCUGGCCAUGUCUCCUGUAGCUGCUGCUGAGCCAGACGGGGUCCAGCGGGACAGGCGUGUCAGCAAGCUCAUUUUCUUCCUUUUUGUCUUUGGUGCCAUCCUGUUGUGUGUGGGAGUCCUGCUCUCCAUCUUUGGGUUCCAGGCAUGCCAGUACAAAAUCUUCCCAGACUGCAGCAUGGUGCUGAAGGUCGCGGGGCCCGCCUGUGCCGCAGUGGGGCUCGGGGCUGUGAUCCUGGCCCGCUCUCGGGCGCGACUUCAGCUCCGAGAGGGGCGCCUGCGGGGCAGUCAGGCGGACCCUGACCGAGCCUUCAUCUGUGGAGAGAGCCGCCAGUUUGCCCAGUGUCUGAUCUUCGGGUUUCUGUUCUUGACGAGUGGCAUGCUCAUCAGCAUACUGGGCAUUUGGGUUCCUGGAUGCGGCUCAGACUGGGCGCAGGAACCACUGAAUGAGACAGACACGGCCGACGUGGAGCCCCAGAUCUGUGGAUUCCUGUCCCUGCAGAUCAUGGGGCCCUUGAUUGUGCUCAUGGGACUGUGUUUCUUUGUGGUUGCCCAUGUUAAGAGAAACAACUUGAAUGAGGGCCAGGAUGCCUCCGAAAGCGAAGACAGACAGAUGCAGAGCACGGAGCCCGUCCAGGUCACUGUAGGUGAUGCCGUGAUCAUAUUCCCACCCCCGCCACCACCCUACUUUCCCGAGUCUUCAGCUUCCACGGUGGCUCCGAGUCCUGGGGCUAAUGGUUUGCUUCCAAAUGAAAACCCACCUUCGUAUGACAGUAUUUUUAACUAUGGUAGGACCCCAACUCCUGAGGACCAAGGCGCAGCCUCCGAGAGAGAUCGUGAAUCUAUAUAUACCAUUUCUGGGACUGCUUUGUCCUCUGAGAUCUCAAUCACUCCACAUCUCUCCUCUGAACUGCCUCCCAGAUAUGAAGAAAAAGAAAUGGCGGCAACCAUAACCUCGUCUCCAUCUUCUGAGCCUUCCCCACCGUGAACUGUGGACUCCAGUUCCAUUUUAUAUAAAUUGAUCACUAUUUUAUUUAAUUUGUUUUUUUUAAUAAAAAAUACAAUGGCAUCA